ACUCCUUCUUCCACCCAGGUCUGUCUCUCUCUCUCUUUUUUUUUUUUUCUUGUUCAGAACCCAGCAGUGAUGUGGAGGUGGAGACCCACAGGAGCCCCGGACUUCACCUGAGCUACCUCAGUCACCAAGAGUGUCAAGAAAAGGAAGAAGGCCCUGAGUUGGGGGGGACCAGGAUGCCUGACCGGGAGAGCUAUGCCAACGGCACUGGGAGCAGCGGUGGAGGCCCCGGAGGCAGUGGCAAUGAGGAAGCCAGUGGGGCAGGGGCAGGCAGUGGGGGAGCCAGCUCAGAUGCAAUCUGUAGAGACUUCCUGAGGAAUGUAUGCAAACGAGGCAAGCGUUGUAGAUAUCGCCACCCAGACAUGAGCGAGGUAUCCAACUUGGGGGUGAGUAAAAAUGAGUUCAUCUUCUGCCAUGACUUCCAGAACAAGGAAUGUAGCCGCCCAAACUGCCGUUUCAUCCAUGGCUCCAAGGAGGAUGAGGAUGGCUAUAAAAAGACAGGAGAACUUCCCCCUCGACUGAGGCAGAAAGUGGCAGCUGGCCUGGGCCUUUCACCAGCUGACUUACCAAAUGGCAAGGAAGAGGUCCCUAUUUGUCGUGACUUCCUCAAAGGUGACUGUCAAAGAGGAGCCAAGUGCAAGUUCCGUCACCUGCAACGGGAUUUUGAGUUUGAUGCUCGGGGUGGAGGAGGCACUGGAGGUGGAGGUGCAACAGGCUCAGUUCCCCCAGGGCGACGACAUGAUCUCUAUGAUAUCUAUGACCUUCCUGACAGGGGCUUUGAGGACCAUGAGCCAGGCCCCAAGCGCCGACGAGGUGGAUGCUGCCCUCCUGAUGGUCCCCAUUUUGAGUCAUAUGAAUAUAACUUGGCUCCACCCCGAGGGGUAGAAUGCAGACUGCUCGAGGAGGAGAAUGCCAUGCUCAGGAAACGUGUGGAGGAGCUAAAGAAGCAGGUCAGCAAUCUGCUGGCCACCAACGAGGUACUUCUGGAACAAAAUGCUCAGUUCCGUAAUCAAGCCAAGGUCAUGACCCUGAGCUCCACUGCACCAGCAACUGAGCAAACUCUAGCCCCAACUGUGGGUACUGUUGCCACUUUUAACCAUGGCAUUGCCCAGACUCACACUACUCUCAGCAGUCAGGCUCUGCAGCCUCGUCCUGUAUCCCAGCAAGAACUGGUGGCCCCUGCUGGAGCUCCAGCUGCUCCCCCAACUAAUGCUGCACCUCCUGCUGCUCCACCUCCCCCACCUCCACACUUAAACCCAGAGAUCACACCACUGUCAGCUGCUCUGGCUCAAACAAUCGCCCAGGGAAUGGCACCUCCACCUGUCUCCAUGGCUCCUGUGGCUGUAUCUGUGGCUCCUGUGGCUCCUGUAGCUGUAUCGAUGGCCCAACCCUUGGCAGGAAUCACAAUGAGCCACACCACCACUCCCAUGGUGACUUACCCCAUUGCUUCCCAGAGCAUGCGCAUCACGGCCAUGCCACACUGAUGGGGCUAAUGGACACUCCCUUGAUAUAGCCUUUCAGGGCUGGAGUCGAGGGGCCCUUGUCCACUUGCCUAGCCCUCACAGCCCUGUCUGAAGGGUUCACUCAAGAACUAGGACAAGAGACUAAGGAAUAUGCUUCUGAGAAGCACUUCCUGAGGCAGGGGUGGGCUGGUGUGUUUUCUCACCUCCCUUUUAAGAGGGUCCUCUUGUCCUUUUGUCCUUCAGGCCUCACUCAAGUGGGGCCCUGCAUAGGAGUUCACACUGAAACCAGCAGAGGAAGGACUGACUGAGGGGCUGUAUCCUCUUAUGGAAAGUUGAGGACAUCUCUGGUCUUGUCCUCUCUUGUGAAUAGCACAGGUUCUAGCACUGGUUUUGGAAGAAAAAAAAUGCCCCAUCUAAAAGGAGACCCAGGAAAGAUUGGGAAGUGAGUGACCAGGAGAGAAGGCCUCAUAGGAGCCUUCUGACAAUUUGGGGCCUAGUUGGUAUGGAUAAUACAGGAACUGCUCCUGGGCCCCUGGGAAGUCUGGGACCAUAGUACUCCAGCCCAAACACUAGAGUAACAUUCAUUUACCUAGCUUGGCCUGGAAAUCUAAAGGGCAGGGCCCACUACUUUCCAAAGAAAUAAAAGAAUAAUUAUUUUUAAAUGGAAGCAGUGGAAAUUUGCUUAGAUAUUUUUUGUGGAAGAUGGGAACAUAAAGUAGAUCUCAUGCCAAAAUGGGAUAAAGACCCCACCCCUCACAUAGGUUGGGUAAGUUGGAUGGAUGGAUGCCAGUGAAGAAGGGUGGGGACCUAAAAUAGACCAAAAGGGGCCUUGGGGAAGACACUUUGUGGGGGAAAAAGCAUCGGAGCCACCUAGUCUAGUUUAAAAAUAGCCCCAUCUGUUUCUGGUCUCUGUCUGCAUUUGCUAUUCCCAGGUUGUCUUAGGGUCAUUUAGGGGGGCAGGUACUUAGGAGGGCGUAUUGCUAAGAAAUGAGGUUGGGAUGUUGUGGAGUUGACAGAUACUUCCCUUAAACAGAUUAGGGCAGGUGGCAUUGCUUCUCUGAGUUGUUGAUGGCAGUUUAUGUCCCUCUUGCUCCAACCCUUCCCUAGUGGCCAAUGCUUUAAGCCUUAAGGCUUGGAGGUGCUGGGAAAAGGGAGUUCUUCUGGGGACACAAGCCUUAGGGUUUAAUCCCUUUCCUUUCAUGGUCUCUACAUAGGACCAGAGGUUUUAAGUCACUUAAGGGUCAUUAAGGCUGGGGGCCCUGCCCCUACAGUCAAACUUUAGUUCCUCUUCUGCUCAAGGCUAGUGUAGGGGAAACACUCAGGUGUCUAGUCUAAUGAGACAGUGGAUUUGGGGGCAUAGGAAGUGAUACUGUAUUGUGCUUCCCUCAUCGUAUCUUCAGCUACCUCUUGCUCUCUGGUCUGGUUGAUCACUCAGGUUUUAUACCUGGAGUUGGAAAUGGUGGGCUAGAUCAAGGAUGGUCAUUGGAAAAAAAUGGUCCAGUGUGUGUUCCUGUAGUUCCAGCUGCUCACAUGGGUGUGGCCAGAGGAUCACUUGAGCCCAGGAGUUGGAGACCACCCUAGGCAGCAUACACCCCCUUCUUAAAAAAAAAGGAGGGACUAAAGAUAAAAAGUAGCAAAAAUUGUUUAUGGAUUUUAGAAAAAAACAACACAUCCAUAAGCUUAAUGUUUAGUUUCUGACACAAUUCUGGAUUAUUAAAAGAUGGUUUAUGAGCAUAUAGA